AUGUCAAUGAAGGAACCGGGACAACACCAGAUUUGGGAAUCAUCGCCUGCCGCUCAGCCGCUAAAGGAUGUACCCGUGAUUAUGGCAAACAACUGCACCAUAGAGGUUGCGACUUCAGCAUGUAUUAUUACCACAGAUCUAUCUCCUACGCAAAUGAAAAAGUUUUCCUCAUUGACACUGGAGGUUGAUAAUCUGCCCCGAAUGACGACGCCUUCUCCGGAAAUUGAGAAGGAUACCUACCUAUCUGUUCAUUCCAAGACUGUGCUGGAGGAGCAAAGGGCGCCCUCGAGGAAGUCAAAGUGGAUGCGGCUUAUGCGGAUGCAGUUGAAUUCAAUGCGGGCACAAAAGUUACAACAGCAGGCAGGAAGGCGCAGCCCUGAAACUGAUAAACCACGGAGUGAACACUUGUCCGUACGACGUGAUGCCGAACGUCACAACUCAACCGACGAACGGGUAUGUCCAUCUAACUUAUUUUUGAAUGGCAAUAACUCACACAGGGUUCCAGAAAGCAGCUGGAAAUAG